GCCUUCGUACAGAGCGGGUCUGCCACGCAGGCUGCCCCCGAGAGAAGCAGCGUGCAGCUGCGCGGCCGAGUAGCGGCCCAGACAAGUGCAACAGGAAGCAGUUCCGCAAGCUUUGUUGGCUACUCGGCAGCUGCUACCGCAUCAGCUCUUCUUGCCUCGCAGCUUCGUGGCAAGGCCGAAGCGAGCCAGAGCCGCAAGUCCCAGGUGGUCGUUAGCGCCUUUGAGAACGAGCUCGGCGUGCAGGCCCCUUUCGGUUUCUGGGACCCCAUCGGCUUUACUGCCGACGGUGACGUGGACGCGUUCAAACGCCGACGCGCCACCGAGCUGAAGCAUGGCCGAAUUGCAAUGCUCGCCACCAUGGGCUACAUGACUCCAGAGAUCACGGGCAAGUUCCCGGGCUACUUGUCCCCAUCCAUGGACCUGAAGUUCGAUGACAUCCCGAACGGCCUUGCGGCCAUAGGAAAGGUGCCAGCGGCGGGUUGGGCGCAGAUUUUGGCCUACAUGGCCUUCUGCGAGAUCUCCCAGAAGCAGGACCCUGGCACUGCUGCCUAUGAUGGCGACUUCGGCUGGAAAGUAAUCACUUCCACCGACCCGGAAAUCAAGAAAAGAAAAUUGAACUCGGAGAUUGCCAACGGACGCCUGGCCAUGAUGGGCAUCAUCGGUCUCUUCUUCCAGGACGGAAUCACCGGAUCCCCUUGGGGCUACUGGGCCGGCAAUCCCGCCUCCUUUUGGAAGGCAUUUGAGAACGAGCUUGGCGUUCAGGCGCCUGUUGGCUUCUGGGACCCCGCUGGUUUGAGUGCUGAUGGCAGCGUCGACAACUUCAAGCGCCGCCGCGCAACAGAGCUGAAGCACGGACGCAUUGCCAUGCUUGCGACCAUGGGCUACAUAACGCCAGAGAUCACCGGCAAGUUUCCGGGCUAUUUGUCCCCAUCCGCCGGAUUGAAAUUCGCCGACAUCCCCAACGGCCUGGCUGCGAUCUCCAAGGUUCCUCAGGCAGGAUGGGGCCAGAUCCUCCUGUACAUGGCCUACUGCGAGGCCUCCCAGACGCAGGAGCCCGGCACCGCGGCCUACGCCGGUGACUUCGGCUGGAAGGUCCUGACCUCAAGCGACCCUGCUGAGAAGACCAAGAAGCUGAGCGCCGAGCUGGCGAACGGCAGACUU